AUGGACAAUGUAACAAGUGAGGGAAGAACACCUCUACACUUUGCAGCACAGAACGGCCAUCUUGAUAUUUGUCAGCUCCUGAUUCAACAUGGCUGCCGACCAGAUGCUCAAGACCAUGUCAAGUACACUGCCCUUCACAGAGCUUCCUCUCAAGGUCACACAGAGGUCAUCCAGCUCCUGAUUGACCAACACUGCAACAUUGACAUUCAGGAUGAGAAUGGGAAUGCAGCAAUCCAUGAAGCAGCAUGGCAUGGCUUCAGUCGAACUCUAGAUAUCCUCAUUAAAUACGACUGUAAUAUUGUUAUUACUAACAAGGCUGGUUUCACUGCCCUCCAUUUGUCAGCUCAGAAUGGACACAACCAGAGUACCAGGAUACUACUGCUGGCUGGCUGUAACCCUGACAUCAAAAACAAUUAUGGAGACACAGCGCUACACACUGCCGCGAGAUACGGUCAUGCGGGCGUGACCAGAAUCCUCAUCAGUGCACGCUGCAGUCUUAACGAACAAAACAAGAAUGGCGACACGGCACUUCACAUCGCAUCAGCUUUGAAGCGACGGAAAAUUGCCAAACUGUUAGUGGAUGCUGGAAUUGAUGUUAAAAUUAAAAACAAGCAAGAGGAAACAGCCAAGGAUGUGGCUGAGAGGAAACAACACCCAGAAAUUAUCCUGAUUAUCUCCUCAUUCUCAAGGCCUAAGACCCCCGCUAAGACGGUGAACUUUAAGGAGUACCCUAUAGAUCUGGAGGGACCAGUAGUUGUCCCUGAGGAAGAAGUCCCCCCUAAACCGGUCAAACAAGAGAAAAAAUUCUUUGACUUUUUCAAAAAGAAGAAAAAGGACAAGGAGAAAGAUAAAACAGACUCCCCGUCGACCCCUAACACGGGGAAAACAGACCCCUCUGUCCAGGGCUUCUUCAGCCAGUACGUCCCUAAACCAGGAGUCCAGUAUUACAGGGAUCUAGCGGGGAACAUCAAACAGGGACCUAUUGGAUACACCCCAAUCUGUCAGUGCAUGCCAACCUUAAAGAAACUGGAACAUCAGGUUCAUACAAAUCAUGAACACAUUUACGACCACAUUGAGGCCUCCCAUCGUGCCCUCAAUAACCGCCUGAAUCAGAUCGACCAGAGAACGACGCAGCAGGUGAGAGAAGUAGACCAGAGGACCAGUCAACGACUCGCGGAGGAGGAGGUACUGUGUCAGGAGAGGCUGCGGCGAGGAUUCGAGGAGGAGAGGGCCUUCAUCCAGCACAGCCAGGGAAACCUCAGAGUGGACAUCCAUGAAUGGCUGGAGGAUAAGCUAGGAUCUUAUGGACAUUGUCUGGAACAUCAUCACGACGACACGGCACUGCCAAGCAAUAAUAUCUUCUCCGAAAUUCAUCAGACAGAAAAUGGACGUUUAUUUCGUUCGAGGUCGGACGAGACUUUGUCACAGUCUGACAAUCACAGUGGGAAAGGGUUUCGCAAGAAGGCAUUUUACGAAUCUCGACAGCAAGCAAUGCAGCAAAUUCGUGCUUGGCAAAUGCCAUCUUACAGUAGGACUAAUGCAUAUCGUGUCAGAGGAUCUAGUCAUAAUGUGCCAGAGACAAGGACUGUUACUUUCAGUGAUCAAGAUCAAGUGAGGACUAAUGCUGAAGUUCAUAUUUCAAAUCCACCAAGGGAAUUAACUCAUGUGUCAAACAAUCUCAAGGAUUCACCUAUUCCUAAUGGUCAUCAACUGUCUCAGAAUUCUGUGCCAACAAGACAAAGUGAGGGAAGACCUCCUUCCAGGAACUAUUCCCCCCACCCACUUCCCCGUGGAACUUCCCCCAGUGUUCAAAACAGAGGAGAUCCUGUGUAUGGAAGUUUUCGAGAUUUCCCCCAUACAUCAGGAACACCUAAAAGUUCACAAAAUCCCAAAUAUGAACAGAUUCCUCCUCACAGUUCUAGGCCUACUCACAUGAACAGUCCUUAUCACAUGCAGGGGGCUGUUCAUCCACAGACUGUACCAGAUUACAGAAGUCCUCAUCAAUACUCAGGUCAGGGGGCGGUCCCAAAACGUAUCCCCCAGUCUCAGACGUGGCAUCACGAACAGUAUCGUAACAUGCAAAAUCACGAAACAAAUCCUAAAACUCAGGGUGUCCCAGUAAACCAGGAACAGGUGAAUAAAUCACUACCUCGGAGUCAAACAGACAAUUCUGGUGCUGUUCUAAGAUCCUCACAAGCUGAGGUUUUCAGACGUGGAGAAGCACCAAGACAGAGUGUUCCAGAAAGGGGAGUAACCUCAAAUGGAUUUGUGAGAAACAUCGAAUCUCGGCAGAGUUUCCCAGAAAGGGGGCCCUCAAAUACAAACUCCGGAGGCAAUCUAAACUCUAGCGUGUCCUCCGUCGGAGCUGGUCAGGGCCCCCAGGAUUCCUCCCGACCCAGCUCCGGCCGUUCCGACCGUCCCUUUAUCCCCCCAAAACCGACAUUCACAACAUUCGGUUACGAUAACACCAAACCUAGUGACAAACCACACCCUUCCACUUCUGUGCCAAAUUCCACUUCAGACAAUGUCCUCCAAGCGUCCACACCAAGACCUAGUUCAAACACUGAGCUUGAGAGUCCUUAUGCUCAAUUACCUAAUAGAUCUCGAACACCACAUGAUGAACUAGAUAAUAAACAGACCUACAGCUACUUCGCUGCAGUAAAAACUGAAUAUCCAAAACCAAAUGAGAUUAACAAGUCCAAUCCAGGAAAUGAGACACCAAGAGAUGACUUGUAUGUGUCAAUGUCCGAGAAGCCUAUUGUUAGACAAAGGGCAAGGUCAUCUGAAGGUCUCUUGGACAGUGAUAUCACAUCAGCUCAUGACCUGAAAAAAUUCCAUCCACCCUCGACCUCUUUUGCAAGUAACCCUCACAUUAGUGAUAAGUCCCAAAUACCCUCGCAGAGACCACAGCCUCAACCUAGACCUAGCUCUAGACCAAAUAUUAAUCCAUCUAUGAAUCAGUACUCAAGUGAAGCUAGAAAUUCCCCUCUCCUGAAAUAUGGAAACCAACCAGUUCCAAACAGAGGUGCACAGACAGAGAGUGGGUAUAUGACAAUGAAAGGUCCAUACGAGGGACGACGAAGUGCUAUUGACUUUGAUAAGAAAGGUGGACCAUACAGAACCCAUGGGAACAUCAGAGAAAAUCCUUACGCCUCUGUGAGGGAUGUCUCUUCCUAUCGCUAUGGUAAUGGCUCACCAAUGGGAAAACCUCACAGCACGUACCUUGUGAACCCAGUCUCCCAGGGUCAGUACUCGCUCAGUAAGUCUGAGUCUAAUCUACUGGACAAAGGAGACCACAGCGAUGAUGAGGGUGGAUUCACAACUCCUCGUAGAACCAUGCUGAAUGCCUCUCCAGCUAUCCUACGUAGUGCUAACAGUCCAAAGGCUGUGUCUAACUACCCAAACGCCUACAAUAAAGAGGAUUCUAGUAGUAACCCAGACUCAGGGUACAGUAGUAAAAUCCUCGGCUCCAGGGCUAAUAAUGGAAAUGUCCCCAGUAACAGUGGGACUCCUUCCUCAUCAUUCAGUACUGACCAUGACCACAGUUUGUCUGCAUCUAGUAACAACCACUCCCCCCACCCAGCUGCCACGCAUGAUGACUACGAACAGAUUCAAGACAUAGCACAGGCUGUUAACCAUGGACAAAACCUACAGGCUCAUGUGGAGGGGUGGUAUCAAAAGAAGCUGAAGGAGGCAGCUGUGAGAUUACAAGAGGGACCGUAUAAUGAAGGGCCCAGGGACAAAAAUUACAACCCUCCAGGAUAUAGUCCCCACAACAUGAAUCAUCAGUACCAGCAGCAUAACCCACAAUACCACAGCUAUCAGGCUAACCAGACUUAUAAUAACUUUCGACAUCUUCCCAGUUAUAUAAGAGGAAGUGAUGUGUGAGGUUAUGACCUUUGACCUUCCAUAUGAUUACAUUUAACCUUGUUUAUACCAUUGAUUGUUCUGAAAUAUGGCAGCAAAUGUUAUAAAUACAAUUGCAUAAUUUAUAAUGGCAUUCUUGUAGAUAAUUAUUUUGUAUAUAUUUUAUUACCAGCAUUCCAAACUAUAUGUAUUGUUGGUGCUUAUUUAUGUGGAAAAAAAUUCUUUUUGUAUUUUAAUUGUGUUCAUAAAAUUUGUACAGAAAACAUGUAAAUAUAUUAUAGGAUGCAGACAUUGUUUGCUUCUGUGAAUGGUUGACUUCCAAUUUAAAUCAAGUGCUGGUUACACUUUAUCAGAAUGUGUGUACAUGUAUUGUCUUUAAUAUACAAAUUAUUUUAAUGUAAUAUUAAUUGAUAUAAGAAAUUUUAAUCAGACCUAUCAUAAUAGUGAAACAUAAAUUUUAUUGAAAAGUGAAAGGAUGGAUAAAGUUUAUGUGCAAGAUUUUAAUUAUUAAACUUUUCUUUUUUCAUUUUAAAUUAACAUUUAAGUCCUGCU